CCAGUAGAGGGCGUGGUUUUAGAUUUACUGGGCGGAUUCUUCACCGUGACGUCAAUUGAAUUGGUUAGGUGACGAACUUCAGCACCGCCCCACUCGGGGCAUGAGAGGGGAGGGAAGAGGCUGUGCUGAUCCCACGUGUGACGCUUGCAUUCCCGGUUCAGUAAUAUUCUCAUAGCGGGGCUUCGCUUUGCUUUUGCCGUGUUUGUGUGUGUUUGUUAGUUUUCUGCCUGUAGUUUGAUUAGCAAUGGAAGGAGACGGGAGCCAAGCCACCUCUGGAAACUCAAAUGAUUCGCAACAUGACCCGGGUAAAAUGUUUAUCGGUGGCCUCAGCUGGCAAACAUCACCAGACAGCCUUAGAGACUAUUUUAGUAAAUUCGGGGAAAUAAGAGAGUGCAUGGUGAUGAGAGAUCCCACGACAAAACGAUCCAGAGGGUUUGGAUUCGUUACGUUUGCAGAUGCCGCCAGCGUAGAUAAAGUCUUAGCGCAAACGCACCACGAAUUAGACUCAAAGACGAUUGACCCUAAAGUUGCCUUUCCUCGACGCACUCAACCUAAGAUGGUCACAAGAACAAAGAAAAUAUUUGUGGGCGGCUUGUCAGCCAACACGGUAGUGGAAGAUGUGAAGCAGUAUUUCGAACAGUUUGGAAAGGUAGAAGACGCCAUGCUUAUGUUCGAUAAGACGACUAACAGGCAUCGAGGCUUUGGCUUUGUAACUUUCGAGAACGAGGACGUCGUCGAGAAAGUCUGUGAAAUUCAUUUCCAUGAAAUCAAUAAUAAAAUGGUAGAAUGUAAGAAGGCCCAACCAAAGGAGGUGAUGUUCCCCCCGGGGGCCAGAGGACGAGCCAGAGGUCUGCCCUACACUAUGGACGCCUUCAUGCUGGGGAUGGGCAUGCUUAGUUACCCAAACAUUGUGGCGACAUAUGGCCGUGGAUACACUGGAUUUGCCCCCAGCUAUAGCUACCAGUUUCCCGGUUUCCCAGCGGCGACGUACGGUCCGGUGGCGACGGCGGCAGCGGGUGCGGCAGCGGCGGCGCGAGGCUCAGGUAGGCGUGAGACCCACGGAAGAGGCGGCUACAUAGCGGCGUACGCGCAGGGCAGCGCAGGGCCAGGCUUUCCUGACUAUGGCUUUUACUCGGCGGCGGCAGCGGCCGUGGGGGCGGGCGGUGGGGAGCAGCGUGCGGGGCCGUGCUCCUUCGCCGACUACGGCUCGCUGGGCCCGCAGGCCGCCGCUCAGAUGCUGCAGGGCGAGCACCACCACCCUGCAUCCGCCUCGGCCUGCAACUCCCCCCUUCAGCACCUGCCCAGCCCGGAGCAGUUUAAGAGCCCAGGCGCCAACCCUCCACGCCCGGGUGGCUUUCCUGGUGCCAACAGCCCGGGCCCUGUGGCUGACCUGUAUGCUGCCGCCAGCCAGGACUCUGGCGUGGGCAACUACAUCAGCGCUGCCAGUCCCCAGCCCGGCUCCGGCUUUGGACACAGUAUCGCUGGCCCGCUGAUAGCGACAGCGUUCACAAACGGAUACCACUGAACCAGAGCAGAUGGUUGGUGGCCAUCUCGGUGGAGAAGAGUAUGUUGAGAGGUCCUGGGAAGCCGGAAGUGACAUUCUAAUUGGUUUAGUGUACAGUUGAUGUCAUGAGACUUCGAGCACUACAGCAACCCACUGGUAAAGGAGACAAGGAGAUGGCACCAUAUACAAAGAACAAAAGAGUUUUUUUCAAAGAUAAGUCAAGAUCAUCUCACGAAAAAAAAAAAAAAAACUGCUGUACCAUAAAUCCAAACUUCUAUAUUCAGAUAUAUUUGUUGAAUGGCGAUUUCUUUUCUUUCAUCCUACUACUUGGCAUUUUACUUUAUGUGUAAUUUUAUGUCAUUUUUUUCUAUGUUCUUUGUUUUAUCCCCAAACCUCCACCUCGACAUUGAUAGGAUUAACCUUGAAAGAGUUUGCAAGUCUAUUGCCUUUGGUACAAUACUUGGCGAGUUCUUAACGUGUCAUUACUACGCACAUAUAAAACAAGUGAGAAGACUGACCAAAUUGGGGAAAAGCACGUGUUUCAUUUUAAGUGGAAAUUGAGAAGGUAAAGAUAUAAACUCUUAGUACAGUAUCUGUUUUUAAUUAAUGUGGUGUCUCAUUAUUUGACCAUAAUUACCUAUUUUUGGGCAAUACAAAGAGGACUCCAAUAUUUUUAUGGUCCUUUUUUUUAUAAGUGUUGUUUUUUGUCGUUUAGAAACAAAAUGUAUACUAUAACAUUUUUCCUAUAAAUACAUUGUGAAUUGAGAUUUAAGAAAAUGUAAAUAUUAUACCAGUCUCUGCAUAUAACCAACUGAGAAGGAAAAAAGACAUAUUUUUUCUGAUGGUGUCUCAACAAAGUGUCCCCAGGGUGUAUAUAAACAAAAGAAUAUAACUCAAAAAGACUAUCAUUCAGUUGUUACUGAAAGACAGCAGAUAUCCUUGUGGUAAUAUAUUAUGAUAUAUCAGAGUACUGAUGUCUUGCUCUGUAAAUAAAACCAAGCUGAACAGCAUCAUAAGUGUCAUACCAGCAUAUUUCCAAAUGAAGAGAACAGGUCGCUGCUUAAGAAAAACAAACAAACGAAAAAAAAACAAAUAUGGAGGCUUCUAACAUCACAACUGACAUCUAAGGGAUAGGUAUCAUUUUGAAGAGAAUAAUGGCAAAAUCCAAAGCACACUGUAUUUAGUGUUAAAGAGAACAACUGAAUUCUGUCCAGAUAUUUUACAAUGACCUUCACAUCCUGACACUUUUAUACUCUAGAGGGGGAAAAAUGUACUAUGUUAUUUGUUGAUGUUGUCGUUGUUUGUUUGUUGUCGUUUGUCUGCUCCAGACGGUUUCGCUCUCCUUCAGAACACAAGUUCUGGAUUCUUAUGUAGCAGAGCCGGUGAGGACAGCUUAUUAUUUUGCUCUGUUCUCUUUUGAAAGAAAAACAAAGGCAAACAUUUUGAUAUCAUACCUCAGCCCCGUGUCUCUCACCUGGGGGUUAAAGUUAACUAAUUUAAUUUAUU